AUGGGUUACCAACAAUGCCUAAUAGCAUUUCUGUGUCUCGGAAUCGCUCUUACAUCAUCCGCCAGUCGUAAAGAAGAGCUCGAGAGAGCUGCAGAGCUCGCAGUGGAAAAAGCCGCCGAAAGGGCGGCCGAGAGAGCGGUGGAAAAGGCCCUCGAGAGCGGAAAUACUACGACAGAAUCGAAAAUCGUUCGCGAGUCUUAUUCCAACGUUAGAAAAGAUCCGCGCAAAGAGAAAAAAGAUUACGACGAUUAUAGCGGCAGAUACGCGUCGGUAGAUGACAAGGUGGAACCGGAAGAAGAUGCUGACGAUUGGAGCAUGUAUUCACGCGGUUCGAGAUUCGCGCCUCGAGACUCGAGAAACAUCCGGUUUCGCUCGUGGUCCAGCAAACUCGAUUUCAAGGACACGUCGGACAUCUGGAAAAGAUUUCCGAGAAGCUACUGGUCUGAAGAAGACACCAGCUCGGAAAAAUCGAAGGAGAAGGUCGUGACCAUAGAGAAAAAGGUACCGGUACCUGUAACGGUCGAAAAGAAAAUCCCAUAUACAGUCUAUAAACAUGUCCCGUACGAAGUCAAAAUUCCCGUGCCGCAACCUUAUGUGAUAGAAAGGAAAGUGCCUUAUCCGGUAAAGGUCUACGUAAACGUGCCGAUCGAGGUAUUGGAGCCUUUCCACAUAGAGAAGCAAGUUCCUUACGAGGUGAAGGUCGACAAUCCGGUACCGUACAAGGUCGAGGUGCCAGUUCCGCAACCGUACACAGUCGAGAAAAAGAUUCCGGUAGAAGUAAAGGUGCCGGUACCACAGCCGUACAUCGUCGACAAGACCGUACCUUACGAGGUCAAAGUACCGGUCAAGAUACCGACUCCGUACGAGGUAAAGAAAAAAGUGCCAGUACCAGUAGAGGUCACCGUCGAUCGACCAUAUCCGGUACCGGUGCCGAAACCGUAUUCGGUAGAGGUUGCCAAACCGUAUCCGGUGGAAGUUCCUAAGCCGUAUCCGGUAAAAAUCAAAGUACCUGUGGAAAAACCGUACGCAGUGCCUGUAAAGAGGCCAGUUCCGGUGCCUGUCGAAGUUCCAGAUCCUCAACCGUAUACUGUGGAAGAACAAGUGCCUGUCGAAAUAUUGAAGCCUUAUCCUGUACCACUUAGAGUACCCGUAGACAAACCGUACCAGGUGUACGAGACAAAACCGGUACUCGUGCCGGUGAAGAAACCGUUUCCGUAUGUCGUACAAGUGCCGAUUCCUGUCAAGCUCGGUUGGAAAAAUCAAGGUAACAUCAAGGACAAGGAAGAUCUAGCGGAGAGCGAAAGCGUCGAGACUAAAUGGCGACGACCACGAUGAUUACUCAACGAGUCGCUCGAGCGACAGUGUUUGUGGAUAUACAAAGUAUUAAUAAAAGUUUUUACAAAGUCGAUUUUGUACGAAAUUAUGACUAGUACGAUUUUUGUGUACUUCAAAAAAGUAGAA